GUGCCGAGAGCCGGCAAAGACUCCUUAAAACUCGUUCGUGCACUGGCAGUACUUAACACCGCAUACAACACCCAAGUGUUCGUUUAUAGGCCCUGUCAGCCUGCUGUCUCUCUGGCUGCUUUGUUUGACGGCCCCUUUGACCCAAUGCAAUUUUGGCCCGCUGUUCGAAGUCUUCGCUGUUCGGGGCCAGCAAAGCGGUGACAGCAACAGCAUCCAGAGACGGGAGAGGCACCGUUGUUCAACGCCAUAUUUGGCUAUGGUGGACACUAUCGGCAGGCAUUGACGUCGAUGUGCUCUCCUUGCAGGGUUUUGCACAACGGAGAUGAUGAAUAUCAAAGGACAACUGGGACCUACCAAUCGUCGCCGAAAAAGGACAGAUCCGCUGGUCCCAACGCAGUAGUAGGCCAUAGAGAUUUAUGCUUGGGCCUUGCUCAUAGUGAACGCUACUAUACCCUGUUAUCUUUCGGUAGCAAGGUGGACGGUCCUUUCGGCGGCCUGUGACAUCGGGCCUCUGCCAACCCGCCCAGCUCCCGUUCUGUCGAUCCAGAGACCGACUGUCUCGAGUGAAACCUCGGCCUGAAGGAACUGGUAUACACUGUGAUACGCAGUUGUCCACUCCAGAUGGGGUAUCCAAGGGAAAAAAGAAGGGAACAUGUCCACGUGUGUGAAAAUCCUGAAUGCUCCAUCCAUCAUGCUGGCCAAAGGAACAGAGUUUGUACGGAGCAAAGGGUCCGGUCCCAUAUUAUCAUUUGUCCAAGAUGCUCGAAUCCGGUGUUUCGCUGAAAGCAUGUGCCCCAGAGCGUUCAUUCGAGGCUGUUGUAGCCGAGCGCUGCAUCUCGAAGCCCGUAGGUCCCCGGGGCUGGCAAUAUUGACGCAGCUCGCGCAUUACCUAAUCGUCGAGCCGAUGCUGUUUAACGACCGGAGGCAUAACACCACAAGCGACACGAGUCUGAAUCUCCGGUGAGAUAAGACUUGUCGUCUCCCGUGCACGGGUCCAUCCAUACGGGCUCGUUUGCGCUCUUGCCCUUUACGAGUCCUUGCGCCAUUAUCGGCGGUGAUCACGAGGCAUUCGUAUCUUGGGUGUCGAGCCCAGCAUCAACGCCGCUCUUCUAGCAGCUACUGCGCCAUAUACGGUAUUUUAUUGCCAAUAUCACGGGACUGAGUAGAGGUGUUUUCUAAUGAGGCACUGCGAGCAAUGACUUCUAUAUUAGGACAAGGGGGUGAAUAUCCAAAGGUAGGUAAAGAAUAUUUGUAUCCUUCAAAGGUCGGACUUGGUUCCAAACCAUACCAUACCAUUUGCGCAAAGCCAAAACAACAGAACAAUAUACCAAUACCUAUCACCCCCCUAUACAUGAGGUUCAAGACGAGAGAACUCGAGCUGUCCAAGGCCCUCGACGAGGUAUUCCUGCGACUCUCGCUCAUCAGUCUCCGGGUGUUUGAGCUGAUCAGCUCCAUCCCGAUCAUCGGUUUCGUGGCGGCGAUAAUCAGCGGCCUGUCCAAUGCCGACGUCGACGUGCCAUCCAAGGCCUCGGCCGCCCUUGCCAUCGCCUGCGUCAGCACGGUCUACACUGGCGUGACCGUCUUGCCCGUUUUCUUCGGAGGACCCCUGUUUUUCACCACAAUGGCGGUGCUUGAUGCUGGCUUGGUGGGUGCCUGGAGCAGUUUGAUUGGAGUCUGGGACAACGAUGGCACCGGCACUUGCACCUCUUUUGAGAACAAGUACUUUGGUGGAUUACCUCGGCGGUCCUAUUUCUCGACCGACUGCAGGCUAGUCAAGGCCAUGUUCGCCUUCAUGAUCAUCAAUUUAGCCGCGUUUGCUUCGUCUACUGUGGUGGCUUUCUGUCUUCGCCUCAUCGAGCUGGACCAUACAAUGAGCUGGAGGAACCUUCCCUUAAUGAACAAGCCUGAAACCAGCCAACAGCACCACUGUGCGUGCUGUACCCACGACAAGGAUCACCCAUCACCGAUGUCGAGUGUCAGUGGACAAGCUCUGACCUCGGCCGUGUAGCACAAGCCUUACCAAAACCGACCCCUACCUAAUCAAACAAGGGUCAUGUCCGAAAACCUUCUGUUGUACAACCAUGUAUUUGUACCGUAAAGAGGAGGAAGUGGGGAGCAAUUGGAUGCCAUGCUGGCCAUGGCACAGGAGCUGAUGAAGCCAGCAUCUACUUUCAACGGGAGGCGUCUAUACGUGAGGAACUGAGCUUGGUUGAGUCAUCCAGCUUUAUACAGCUGGCGUACAGAAAGAAAAGAGUUGGCUCAUGAUAAUCAUAAUUUAUAAUACGUGAUGAGAUGUGACGACGAUAAUGACGGAUGAUGGUGGCCAUAUUAACAUCACCGGGUGCAUCUCAAGGGCUUGUCCACUGGAGAAGGUCACUUCAUUUGCUCGGCUCUUGUAAGGCCAAUGAGCAGGAAGUUUUGGUCUGAGGUUCUAUCAUUGUACAGUACAUGCGCUUGAAUAGGCUGGUACUCAGCAUGGCCGUUUACGAAAAGCCGAAGACUUGGUGUGAAGCAUAAGCUUUUAAUUGUUCUCGAAUUCAGCAAGCCAUACUUUGUUCCUAUACAUUGUCAUCUGGUCUUUGCAACAGUGACGGCUCGUUGCCGAAAGGUGUCCAAGAAAGUAUAUGCUGAGCUACACGGGGCCUCAAUUCCUCCAGAUAGGAUAGGCACACCUAUCACGAUCUACUAUGGAUAUAACCUCAAGCAUAUACUUGGCUGUUGCUUUCAUCGUUCUUCUCUUCUAUCUGCGACUCAUUCUCUUCAGCAGGAAUAUAGCCAACCAGGAGUCAUCGACUUCAGUCUUGCGCUGCGUCGACCGACCCCGAGCGAAUCAAGACCAACAUCAACUUGCUACCCAUGUCCAACGAACAAACCAGCCAGCAUCUGCAGCCUUAUGCAUGAAGUACUCAUCAUGUUUCUUCUGUGUAAGCAGUCCCGUCUUCAUAUUGAUGCUUACAGCAAGGCAAUACUCCUUCGACCACACCAUGGAGCUCGAACCAAGACUCGACACAGCACAAACCAAACAGAACUUGAACUCGAAGGCGCAGUACAGUAAUUCCUUACCUCAGCCUUGGAUACUCACAUGACUUGUUGAAAUCUGAGAUUCGCAUUGCAUUAUUGAAGGCUGAACCGACACCAAAACCCCGCGUACUGACAUUGAAUAGGUAGUAUACGAAAUACGACGGUCAGGUGCUGUGUUGCAGGCCGAGCCUGGAAUGGGUAUACCCGCCUACCCUCUGCAACGAGGUUCUCAUAAGCUCUCGGAGAUGGAAACAGCAAUUGGCAAAUGAUAGAAACCCA